AUGGCCAAUAAUCGUGUGCCGAUCAACUACCAGACGCCGGCAUUCCCCUCCCUCUAUGAGCUACUACCGGCGAGCGAGUCCCGAGCUAAUUACCUCUACUAUACACGGGACAUCUGGCGAUUCACCUUCUAUUGGACCUUUAUCUUCUAUGGAGGUAGUCAUCUCUUAGUUGCAGCAUGGGCAGUGGCAAUGCAAUGUCGAAGUUGGAAAGCUUGUCUAGCUGUGCCCGCAUUCUACCUGGCCAUUGGGGGCAUAGAGGCGCUCCUGGCUGGGAGUAUUGUUGGUCUAGUUCUCGGCGCUGUCUACGAGGCAGGUAAUUUCAGAAUGUCCACAUGGAUCCCCCUUCUAUGGGGUGGUAUUAAUGUCUUGGUCCUCAUUCUAUCGAGCUUCCCAAUGCCAGGUGGUCUAUGA